ACUUUAAAAUUAAUAUGAAAACAUCAGUCAAUUUGUCGAAAUAUAUUUCUCAUACAAAUUAGAAAACAAAAAUGUCAUUUUUGCAAUCAUUAUACAAAAAAUUUAACAAAUCUUUUUAUAAUGAACACAUUUUAUCGGUUAAAGCUUUUCUAGCCAAAACAGCUAUUGAAAUUUUAUUUCAUAAUUAUAAAGUGACCAGAUUUACGAAAUGUCUACCAACGAAAUAUAAAAAAAAUCAAACAAAUCCAUCAAAUACAACAACCGGAGGAGCAGCUGAAAAAACCUUGACGAACAAUAUUGGUGCCCCGCCGAUUUUUAAAAUAAAACUAUCUCCAAACUAUUUUGGCAAGUCUUCGUUAGAUUUUUACUCAGCAAAUCCUGCAGUCUGUGAUCGGUUGAGAAUGCUUCCACAGCCCGAAAACAGGCAUAACGAUUUUAAAUUUUUUGAUCGCGGUGAAGCUAUGAAACUGGUUAAUGGAAAGUUUUGGGAGGAUUCAAUAAAAGUACAAGUACUUGAUUGUAAUAGCAACACUCCACCCAAAGUUUGUCAUUUAAGACAGACUGGAGCCCCUAUAGAUUUCAGCAGACUUGUAUCAGCCAGCGGAAGUGCUUCUGAAAGUCCGACGGGAGCCAUUUACAAACUCGGACACAAUAGAACAACAAAUCUAAUUUUUUUACCGAAAGUCAUUGACGAAGGCAAUUUCUGUGGCAUGAAGUGGUAUCUUUGGAAUACAGAAUCUUCUGAAGCCUAUAAUAUAGGAUUUAAAAGAAAAUUCAAUGGUAGCUGUCUUAACCAAUUUGAAGAAAUGGUUACAUCCAACAGCAUGAUUCAUCCAUGCUUUUACAAAAAUCCCGAAAAUGGAAUAAUAGUCUACGGGAACAAAACUUUUCUUCUAAAAUCUUGCAAAGCUAAAACUUGGAAGAAGAAUAAUUUAAUAAUGCUCCUACCAUCUGGUCAAAUAUUUGAAGUCAUCGAUUUUCCAAAGGAAGAUUUUCAAGAAUUACUUGUCAAUAGAACUUUUUGUCCUUAGAUUCGAGUAAUAAGUUUUGUAGUCGAAUCACUUUUUGUACUUGAUAUAUUCCAAAUUUUUUACUGACGAGACCGUUAACUGCUGAGAUACUUCAUACUAAAAUUAAUGUUUAUCAUUAAUAAAUUUUAUUUGAUUGAUUAA